AUGCCGCUGCGGUAUUACUUGACCUUUAUCGAUGAUGAAGAACUGCCAGAGGCUCCCAGCACGCUUCUGCGGGCCUCGAGCUGUGAGCCGGCUCGUGUGGUGGACAGGGAAUCUGAGGAGGAGGAGGAGCAGGAGCUGUCUGAGCAGGUAGCCAGGCUGGCUGAUCGCGCUGCCCUCCUCACAUCCUCACGCCUGACGAGCCCGGCUUCGGCUGCGGCAGCUCCGAUCGUCCCGAGUCCGGCGCCAGGUCCGGCGCCGAGUGCGGCGACGGUGGGCAUCGCCAUGUCCCCAGGCAGCUUGCCAGGCAGCCGAGGGCAUCCGGAGCUUUGCCGCCGGCCCUGCUUGCACUUCUUCUCGCGCCAGGGGUGCCAGCGCGAAGCAGACUGCGUGUACUGUCACCUGCCCCACCCUCAGCGCGCCGUGAGCUUGGACAAGCGCUCGCGGGAGCUGGUGGCCGCCUUGGCACCACGCAGCCUGCUGGCGCUUCUGCUGCCGCUCCUCCGCGCUCGUGUUGAAGCCAUGGCCGACGGGCGCGGCAGCGCCGCGCUUUGCCAGAGGGCAAGGGCUUUCGUGUUGGCCUUGGAGCAGGAAGCCGUGCAGCUCGGGCCGCCGACACCUCCCGAGUGUCAGAAGAUUGUGAAGCGGCUGAAGCUGAUGACCUUUGCGAUGCUGAUGGGCUUGAUUGUCCGGUGCCCUGCUCCCUCGGUGGCUCUUGUGGCUGAAGAGGCGCUGGAGGAGAUGCGUCGGCUCUGA